GACUGAAUAGAACCUUUUUUGUUGUUUGUUUCCAGGCUAUUUUGUCAUAUUUCUUCUUUGUUUUGCAGCUUAUUGGCAUUUUUGGAUAGCUGGAUGUAACCAGUGGUAACCUGUAUAUCUGGCAUGUAACUGUAAGCGAAACGUGUAACACUGCAGAAUGGCAGCACAGAAGAUUCGGUCCGCCAAUGCUAAUGGCCUUCCACGCUGCAAGUCUGAGGGCACCCUGAUUGAUUUUAGUAGUGGAAUUCCUGAUCCUAAUUUAAAUGAAGUCAAAAGUAAGUUCGGUUUCAACAUGAUUAAAGCGGAACUGUCCAUGUCCUCCAUUUUAACCUUAACUAAUCGCUAACUAACAGUUAACUAUUGGUUAUGCUAAAAUUCUUUUUUCAUUUGUUCUUUUAUUUUAUUUAAAUUGACAUACAUUUGGCAUUUCUCAUUUCAAUACCUGUGGCAUCCCUAAAAUUGUGAGCAGGACACUGUGUAGUAUUGAAAUACAUUAACAAAUGUUUAUACGCAUCUGCCCUGUCACAGGAACUUACAAUUGACUUUACAUAAAUUAUACCGUGUGUGUAUAUGUGUCUCGCUCUUUCUCGCUCUUUCUCGCUCUUUCUCGCUCUUUCUCGCUCUUUCUCGCUCUUUCUCGCUCUCUCUCGCUCUCUCUCGCUCUCUCUCGCUCUCUCUCGCUCUCUCUCGCUCUCUCUCGCUCUGUCUCGCUCUCUCUCGCUCUUUGUCUCGCUCUCGCUCUGUCUCGCUCUUUGUCUCGCUCUUUGUCUCGCUCUUUGUCUCGCUCUUUGUCUCGCUCUUUGUCUCGCUCUCGCUCUUUGUCUCGCUCUCGCUCUUUGUCUCUCUCUCGCUCUUUGUCUCUCUCUCGCUCUUUGUCGCUCUCGCUCUUUGUCGCUCUCGCUCUUUGUCUCUCUCGCUCUUUGUCUCUCUCGCUCUUUGUCUCUCUCGCUCUCUCUCUCGCUCUCUCUCUCGCUCUCUCGCUCUCGCUCUCGCUCUCUCUCUCGCUCUCUCUCUCGCUCGCUCUCUCUCUCUCUCUCUCUCUCUCUCUCUCGCUCUCUCGCUCUCUCGCUCUCUCGCGCUCUCGCGCUCUCGCGCUCUCGCGCUCUCGCGCUCUCGCUCUCUCGCUCUCUCGCUCUCUCGCUCUCUCGCUCUCUCGCGCUCUCGCGCUCUCGCGCUCUCGCUCUCUCUCUCCCCCCCCGCUCUCCUCCUCUACCCCUUGGUGACUUUGACCAGUUCCAAGGACAUCUGUAAAGUGCACACGGGCCUCUACAUUUAUACAAACAACAGUGCUCUAAAUCCAACCUUCCUCGUCCUCUUUCCUGUGUCUUUCCCAUGUUUUGUGUGUAUCAAACUACCUGAUGACCUAAUUCUCAACAUGCUUGUUUGGUCUCUGUUUAUACAUACACAGUCCUAAGACUACAAUAAACAUACAUGGCUUAAAUGGAAAUUUGUUUUGUAAAAAGAUUGUUAUCCUUAACCGUUGUUAUAUUUUGAGUUCCAGUGUUCUGGUAAAGGGUUAUGUUUGUAUAUGUUUUGUACUUUUCAUUGGGUAUAACUGGCACAACUAAAAUGCACUGGCUGCAAAUGUUUGAAACUUUACCACUACCUGAUAUCUCUUGUUUUCUUUCAUUUAAAUAGAUAAGGUCUUUUGGAUAACUUGAUUUUGUGAAUAAAGCCAUCUUGUGGCCAUUGUAUGAACUAUGCUCUAUAGUGAACACAAUUAGGGCUAUUCACUCACUAAAGUGUGAAUUUCGAAUUUUAGUUCAAAAUCACUGAAUUGAAAAUUUUCUCCUUUCUGGCCUAAAAUCUGAAAAUCACAUUGAAUUUCAGACAUUUCACAAUUUAGUGAAUAGCCCUAAUAGAAUUUAGAUCUUUGCAAUUAAUUUUUUUUUUUUUCUCCCUUUCAACUCUGUAGUAUUGUCGCCGAGCUCCCUGCUCAUUGAUGGCCCUGCAUCCCUAGAGCAUGUGAAAGAAGUGGUGGCUAUCAAAGACUAUUGUCCCAACAAUUUCACCACUCUGAAGUUUUCCAAGGGAGAGCACCUAUAUGUAUUGGAUGCCUCUGGGGGUGAUUGGUGGUAUGCACACAAUACCACAGAGAUGGGAUAUAUCCCUUCUUCUUAUGUGCAGCCCCUUAACUACCGUGACUCCUCCCUCAGUGACAGUGGAAUGAUUGAUGGAUUGCUGGAGAGUGUAGAUGAGGGUGUGAAGGAGCUGGAUCUGCUUGGAGACUGGAAUGAUAUUCACAACCAAAACUCUAACAAAACUUAUCACAACAAUCCCUUUCUGCGACCAUCUAUUUCUAACCCCUUUCUGAAUGGACCAUUGAAUGCCCCCAAAAAUGAAGCUUCUGAUACCAGGAGUUCAGUGGAUUUACUUCUUUUUGAUCCACUUGUUACUUUAAACUCCACAUCUUCGGAAGCUAGCACGGAUAUAUUUAUAGAUUUACAACCUCAAGCCACACACACAGAAGUAAUGAAAGAAUAUGCUCCUGUGAGGAGGGAUAACCCAUUCUUCCGGAGCAAGCGUUCUUACAGCCUCUCCGAGCUGUCCGUCCUCCAGGCCAAAUCUGAUAGUCCGGCCACGGGCAGUUUCUUUGCUGGCCUGAAAUCUCCAGCGCCUGAGCAGUUCCAGAGCAGGGAGGACUUCCGUACUGCGUGGCUCAACCAUCGCAAACUAGCCCGGUCCUGCCAUGAUCUGGACAUGCUGGGUCAGAAUCCUGGUUGGGGUCAGACACAGCCUGUGGAGACCAGCAUUGUCUGCAGGCUGGACAGCUCGGGGGGUGCCGUGCAGCUGCCGGACACAAACAUUAGUAUCCUAGUACCCGAGAGUCAUGUGGCUCCUGCGGAGACCCAACAGAUCUCCAUUAAAGCAUUGCUUGAUCCACCUCUUGAACUAAGUAAUGACAAAUGUACCACAGUCAGCCCUGUGUUGGAAAUUAAGCUUAGUAACCUGGAGGUGCAGAGCCCCCUCACCUUGGAAAUGAAGGUAUCAGUCGAUUUGCCCAAUACAGUGACACAGAAUGUGGUAAAAAUAACCUGCCUGAGGAGUGAUGUUAAGGAAGGGCCCUACACUCUAGUGCCACAGUCAUACAUGUAUGGGGACACAGUCCAAGUGAAGUUAGAAAACCUGGAACCUGUUAUGUACAUGGUUAUGGUAGCUCAAGGACAGCGCAUUGUUUCUCCAUCCACUGUGUGGGACUAUAUUAACAAAAAGGUCACUGUGGGACUUUAUGGCCCCAAACACAUACAUCCUUCAUUUAAAGCUGUAGUGGCAAUAUUUGGUCAUGACUGUGCCCCAAAAACGCUCCUAGUCAGUGAGGUAGGUCAGCAAGUAAGUUUUUCUGCUCCAGUGACCCUUCAGCUAUGGGGGAAGCAGCAGUUUGUUCUCCCCAGACCUCAGGAUUUGAAAAUUUGCCUUUUCUCCAACAUGACAAACUACAGAGUCGAUACUGAAGACCAAGGGAAAAUGGUACGUGGGUUCCAACUUAAAUUGGGCAAGGUGAGCCGGCUUAUUUUCCCCAUCAAUUGCCAAGAUCCAGCACAGUUAUCAGACUUUACUGUCAGAGUGCAAGUUAGAGACGAGUUGGGGAACAUCUUGUCUCAGUUCUGUGUGCAAACUCCUCAACCACCUCCAAAAACUGGGCAAAAAUCCUCAGGGCCUAGAAGGUUCCUUAAGAAAAAAGAGGUUUGCAAGAUUGUACUUUCUCCACUUGCAGUCACUUGUAAGUAUCCAACCUUCCAGACACGCCCAAUAACCAACAUGAAAUAUGGAAAACUCUUGAAAACUGUGGUGAGGCAAAGCAAAAAUCCGUACCUGCUGGAGUACAAGAAAGGAGAUGUAGUCGGUCUCCUAAGUGAGGAGAAGAUCAGGCUAAAGGGGCAACUGUGGACCAAGGAGUGGUACAUUGGAUAUUACCAGGGUAAGGUGGGCCUGAUACAUGUAAAGAAUGUUCUUGUCGUUGGUAAAAUAAAGCCAAGUUACUUCUCUGGAAAUGAACUGACAACAAGCUCUCUGCUGGAGCAGAUUCUUCGCCCCUGCAAGUUCUUAACCUACAUUUAUGCCUCUGUGAGAACUCUCCUUAUGGAAAACAUUGGCAGCUGGCGUGCCUUUGCAGAUGCUCUGGGUUACGGAAGCCGUCCACUAUCUUUUUUUUGCCGGGUGGAGCUAGAGAGCGAGCCAGAAAGGGUGGCAUCUGUACUGGAAAAACUGAAAGAGGAGUGUAAUAAUAAUGAAAGCAAAGAUCGGAAGUCAUUCCAGAAAGAAUUAAUUGGGGUAAGACACCUACUCGUCGUUCAUGUAUGCCAAGUGUUUUGCAGUCUGUUUGUGCUCUAGUUAGUUAUUGUGGGUACGAGGAUUUUGGAACUGUGGUAUUUGUUGAUAAUGAUUGCUCUUUCAGUAUGUGUCUUGUCCUCUAGAAUAGUGAGACGUAAUUGCAAUUUUGUUACAUGCUCCCAUAAAAAUGUCAAUGUCAUGUUUUCCCACCACACCCUUGGUUUAUAGAGCAUCUUUACUAACACAGAAGAAGUGAGACAGUUGGGUUUUUGUUUUGUUUUUUGUUGUUUUUUGUUUUGUAUAUACAUCUCGUCUGACAAGCAUAUAAGUGAGGAAAAACUUAGUUUAAAAGUAAUUUGUGUGCUAUAUUUCAUUAUAGUAGAAACCGGAUGUUCAAAUAAGUUGGAUGGGGAGAGAAGUAUUUAUUUAUUUAUUUAUUACUGAACCGGUCAUGGUGUAGAGCUGAAAUUUCAUCUACACGUUUCAUCCUGGCAAAUGUGUAUAUUUUAAAAGCUUGUGGUCCCUUGCCAUCUGUCAGUCUAUUAUCAGCAUAAAUGGAUGCCAAUGGCAUAGAGGCUGAGAGAGUAGGAGCCCACUGCCAUUCUCCUACUCUGUCAGUGUUUUCUUCCAGCGAGCAACUAUCAUGCUUGUGAAAUAAUAUAGGAACAAUGUCACUCAGCUCAUACACCGGUGCUCUGGCAGUGAAAAAGGAAUUGCUAUGCAUGAGUAGAGUAAAGCAGGACAUGGAGCUAGGCUGCUACUGCUUGUUAUCAGUACAUCUCCAUCUCAACUUGUUGCAAUGAUGCAAAAUGCGUUUGUGAUAUCACACCAAUAUGCUGCAUCAGUUAUAGUACCAGCUUUGAAGGAACUUUGCCGAUUGUAAGUAACAGAAACACAGCUUAAUCCUGGCAGGGACAGGCCACUCUGGCACAUGUGCAUCAUGUGUCUUAAAAUAACCAGUUUAUAUUCUAAGAAUACUAAAAUAUCUAGCUGCCUCUCUGCUGACCAGGAGAGAGGGGGUGUGGUCUUUUUCAUAUGGUGUCUCCGUGGCUUUAUUGAAUGUAAUUUCAUGUUUGCUUGUUCUGUUUUUUAAAAAUAAACUUAACUUGAAAACGGGGGAGCCAAAACAAACAAAUAAAUAAAUAAACUAGCUUCUUUCCAAACAAUAUCAAAUAUGUGUGCAAGUUCUCCUAUUGACCUGAUCAUAAAGGCUGAACUUCUGUGUUAAUUAAAAGUGCCUUAAAGGACCACUAUAGUGCCAGGAAAACAUACUCGUUUUCCUGGCACUAUAGUGCCCUGAGGGUGCCCCCACCCUCAGGGACCCCCUCCCGCCAGGCUCUGGAAGGGGGAAAGGGUUAAAAACGUACCCUUUUCCAGCGCUGGGCGGGGAGCUCUCUGCCUCCUCUCCUCCUCCGUUCCUCCUCCUGGGCUGAAUGCGCACGCGCAGCAAGAGCUGCGCGCGCAUUCAGCCCGUCGCAUAGGAAAGCAUUUACAAUGCUUUCCUAUGGACGCUUGCGUGCUCUCACUGUGAUUUUCACAGUGAGAAGCACGCAAGCGCCUCUAGUGGCUGUCAAUGUGACAGCCACUAGAGGAUUAGGGGGAAGGCUUAACCCAUUCAUAAACAUAGCAGUUUCUCUGAAACUGCUAUGUUUAUAAAAAAAAUGGGUUAACCCUAGAAGGACCUGGCACCCAGACCACUUCAUUAAGCUGAAGUGGUCUGGGUGCCUAGAGUGGUCCUUUAAAUUUUCCAUUUGUGAUUUGCUGAGGCUGUAUGGCAUGUGUGUAUGUGUCUCUAUAUAUCGAUCUCAUUUUUGUUACAUUAAAUUUUACUUACAAUGGCAUUGAGAUAGGUUUAUUAUUUGUGCUUAGAGGCCCCUAUGUAAUUCAUGUUUGGAGGUCCCCUAUCUCAAUACCGUUGUAAAUAAAUGCUUAGAGGUUGAAGUCUGGGAGUAACUGUAAUUUAUUGAAACAUUUCUUUGAACACAGUGUUGUUAAAUUUACCUGUGGACAUGUUUGAAUAGUAAUUGUGACAGAACAAUAGAUAAAUUCGUAUUUACUCGAAUCUAAUGCGCUUUUCAAUUGUUUGAAGAUACUACUAUACGACAUUGUGCUACAGGGAAAAUGUUUAUUGCCAUACACCAUAGUAACAUUGAUAGUAUUUCAAUUUUAGUGUGACAUGCUAAGUCUAUUCUUUCUUAAGCCCUCUUUCAGGAAAAAAUUUCCGGAAUGCAAUUUGCCAGAAAAUUUUGAAUUUCCCCUGCAAAUUUUGAAAACUUUAUAUUUUCAAAAAAGGUGUGCAUUAGAUUGAAGUAAAUACGGUAUACACCAGUCUGUUCUCCAAUGUUAAUUUCAUGUACUCGGGUUUUUCUUUAGGCCUUGCUGAAAAUAGACUGCCAAGGUCUAGUGGUGCGUCUCAUUCAGGAUUUUGUUCUACUUACUACGGCGGUGGAAGUUGCUCAAAGGUGGAGGGAACUAGCCGAGAAGCUUGCAAAGGUGUCCAAACAACAAAUGGAUGGCUAUGAAGCCCCACAUAAAGACCGAAAUGGGGUGCUGGAUAGUGAGGUAAGGGGUGUUUAGAGGAAUGUUUAUAAAUGAGCAGUAAACAAUAGCAUCUAUAAAUAAUUUGUCAGAUGUAGUUACUUGCAGCCUUCUUAGUAAGAUGAAUGUGUCUGGGUGCUUUGGAGAUUAAUUGAUUUUUAAUUUUUUUGUGUAUUUGCAUGUUUUACUUUUAAAACGUAACUGCAACCACCAUGACCACUUCAGUGAUAUGAAGUAGUCCUGUGGUAGGAGUCUGCAUGUGUGCUGUUUGUGCUUGAAACAUACAGAAAAAUCUGCACUUUUGUGCCAGAGGUUAUUUACACCCCCUGCACAUGUGAGUUAGGCAGCCUGGAACCCUAUUCUGGGCUGCCUAAUCUCAAUCCUCUGCACCUUACAAUCACAAUGACACUACAGUAAUUGUGAUUGGCAUAGUGUUAGAAGUCUAUGGGGCAGUCCUGCACUUUUGUGAAACAUUGCACUUUGACAAAAGCUGGGAUUUGUCACCCAACUUGGCGAGAGGCUGCAAGUGCUGAGGUUUGCACAGCAGAUAUUUCAACUAUCAUAGCGGUUUGUGUGAGAGGGUAUCGCUUUCCACAAACUGUAGUUAUCACACUAUCCAUGUGACAGCAGAAGUAGGGGGUGCAGGUUUCAGGUGCUUUCUCAUCCUACUAACCCAGAAUAGUUCUAAAGAAAAAUAAAAUAAAAAUGGUUGUGGUAUAUAAUGCAAAAUUUCUAUGGGCGAAUUCACCAUUACAUCACAUUGCAGUUUUUAUAGAGUGCCCAUUUAAACUGCAUACACACUGAGGAAAAAAAAAAAAGCAAAAUCAUGACCGGUACUGCUUAACCCUCAUAUUCAAGAGCACUUUUAGUGUUUUAUGGAAGGUUUUUUGUUUGUUUUGUAUAAUUUUUGUUUUGGUUUUUUUGUAUGGUGGGUUGUGGUGUAGGGGUUUUAAAAAUGUUUUUUUUUUUUUAUUUGAGUAAUUUCUGCACUAUGUUAUUAUCGUAAAAAAAUGUAUUUAUAGAGAGCAGCUCUGUCAUGAUCCAUUCAUUUUUCACUAAAAUAUUUUUGCCCAUUUUUAAUCUUGUUUACAUAACACUUAGUGCAGUUUGAGUGACACAAAGGGCACAAUGUAUACAAAUAACCAUUUCUCCCCUCUCUGCUUGUCAUGCAGGCCAUGUGGAAGCCAGCUUAUGACUUUCUCUUGACUUGGAGCGCCCAAAUAGGGGACAGUUACCGGGAUGUGAUUCAAGAGCUGCAUAAUGGGCUGGACAAAAUGCGCAAUCCAAUCACCAAGCGAUGGAAACAUCUCACUGGAACUCUAAUCCUUGUGAAUUCCUUGGAAAUUCUUCGAGCCAUGGCAUUUAGCACACACGAAGAGGAGGAUUGCAUCAUUUGAUUGCAGAGCCUAAGAAAGACUGGACAUUCUGCAUUAGCCUCUGAUGUAAAACCUUUUUUUAAGAGUUUUCCAAUGCUUCAAAGAAUGGGAGACAGUUUUGCAUCUACGCUACAAUUCAAACGUUUAACUUUAGUUUCUUCACUGCCAAAGGGUCCAAGAUAAGACUGACCUAGUUCUAUUUGGAACGUCAUUCCUGGAAUCCACUGCACUGGAUGGCAGUAAUCUGCAUAUAUGUAUAGUGUAAAUAAAUGUGGUCAUAGGCCAAAGGCAGGGAGCUGGAUGCAUAAUGUAACCAGUCCUUUCAACAGACUGUUUUGUUUGUGUUUUUUUUUUUUCUUCUUUUUUUCUUUUGGCCUUGAGUUCCUGACAAGCACAAAUAUAUAUAUAUAUAUAUAUAUAUAUAUAUAUAUAUAUAUAUAUAUAUUUUUUUUUUCUUCUUCUUCUUGAGGUAGGAAUAGUGUUUAGCUUCAGUGUGUUACAUUUUUAUAUGACUUUUAUCAAACUAUUUUUAUUUAUCUCUCGACUAACAAACUCGUGUGUGUACAUAAUAGAGAAUAUUUGUUUUAUGUAAGGCCUAUGUGGUUACGCAUAUAACAUUUACAGGACAAUCUGUUACGUGUGCCUGUUUUAAAGCAAUAAUGUGGUCUUGGAAUGGUUUCUCCUGCAGCGUUAUCGAACAUACAAUGCUCUGUAACCAAGCGCCAUAUUCUCCGUUUCCCUCAUAACCGAAUGAGGCCCCUACAUAUCUUUACUUUCCAUGGGGUGCCUGUGUGUUGUCCGUGCCUUAUUCCUGUUCAAUUUGCAUGGCGCACUGACUUUUUUUUCAUGUUAAAGGCAGGCAGGGCUUUUUGCAAACACUCUCGCAGUCUUGUCACCAAAUUAUGUGUAAAGUUUCAAAUGUGCACAUGCAAUGACAAUCAGGCACGCAUGUAACAUAAGAGGAGAAAGAGGGCUUAAUCUGUUUUUCUAUAUUUAAUAUUUUUAUUUCUAAGAAUUGUUUUCUAACUACCUCGCAUCCAUUCACCAUAACAGUCUAAUAAAAGUCUAAGGUCAAAG